CACCUGGUGGGGCUGCUGCCCCCCCAGAAGAGAUCGUUCCAGAUCUGGUGGGGACUAUUUCGUACCCGGAACAGGUUGCUCCACGCCCGGCGGCAGACGUUUCACGGCUGGCAGAGGUCGCUCCGCGCCCGACGGGGCUGUUCCCCGCCCAGCAGGAGCUGGUCCCGCCCCGGUGGGGGCCGUUCCCCGCCCCGCACCGGGACUGUUCCGCAUUCACUAGCCCAAGAAGGAGGCGGGCCCGGGGAAGGCGGCACCGGGGGCGGGAGGCAGUUCCUCUCCCUCCGGUCCCUCCCCCUUGUCCCUCGGUGUGUCCCUCCCGUGCCGCCACCAUGUCGAAGCAGGGACCGGACGGUGGCGGCGCGGACGAGGGGGAGCGGGAGCUGCUGAGCGGCAGCAGCGAGCAGCGGUGCCGGGCCCGGUUGGCGGCAGGGGCCCGGCGGGGCAAGGGAGGCGUGGCGGCGGCGGCGGCGGUGCUGGUGCCGCUGUGCUCGGUGCGGGGCCGCCCUGCCUUGCUCUACACCUUACGGUCCCGCCGCCUGGGCGGGCCACACAGCGGUGACGUCAGCUUCCCCGGGGGCCGGCGGGACCCGGCGGACGGUGAUGAGGUGGCCACGGCGCUGCGGGAGACGCGGGAGGAGCUGGGGCUGCAGCUGGGGACAGCCAGCGUCUGGGGACAGCUGCGGACACUGCCAGACCGGCAUGGCCUGACCGUGGCUCCCGUUGUGGCCAACCUGGGGCCACUGGAGGACUUGACGCUGACCCCCAACGCCAAUGAGGUAGAGGAGGUCUUCACCCUACCCUUGGCCCACCUGCUGCGUGAGGAGAACCAGGGCUACACCCACUUCCGUGGCUCCAGCGGCCGCUACGGCUACACCCUGCCAGUCUUCCUCAACGGCCCCCACCGGGUGUGGGGGCUGACAGCCAUCAUCACCGAGCUGACCCUGGAGCUGCUGGCCCCGGCCCGCUACCGCAGGAAGACCCACGUGCCGGCAGCGAGCCCCUCGCCACGGACACCUGAGGGCACCUCAGCCUGACACGGAAGGGACGCGGUGGCCCUAGGUGCCAAGGUGGUGAGUUCCACCAAGUGGAGGUGUUCCCAUGUGGUGGAUGGGCACCUUCUUUUGGGCACCUUCUUUUGGACACUGUCUUCUGGCCACCGACUUUUGGACAUUGUCUUCUGGCCACCUUCUGGGCCACUGUCACUGCACACACGAGGAAGCCAACGCAAGCUGCACUCCCGGGUGAUGUCACACGCUGUGACUUAGUAAAAAGCCAUGUUUGAAAUGA